CGUUGAUGUUGCGUCGUGUGGGUUGUCGUUGUUGCUGUUCUCGGGUCAACGCCGAGCGGCGCCUUCCGGCGAGCAUCGCGCUGUUGUUCAGCUGACAGAACUGAUCCCAGACCAGUGUCUCCUGUGCCGUCUUCUCGCGCUGGUCUCGCGAGAGUAGCCGCCUCGCUGCUGCUGGAAUCAAAGCCCCGUUCGAGAAGUGGAUGCCGCCCGCCCGCUCGCCUGCCUGACGGGCGUUCACGCGUUCUCUCGCUCGCUCGCUCGCUCGUUCGCUCGCUCGCUGCGGUCACCAUGCGAAGGUUAUUCCGCUGGAUCCGCUCCGGCGUCGAGCCUCCGAGGCAGCCGCUGCUCCCGUUCGACUGCAGCGUCGGCGACGUGGUCUAGCGAAAAGAGCUCAGGUCGCCUCGUCGGGCAGGUGCGAACCGAUGGAAGGCAGCUCGGCGUGUCCCGGAUUGACGACGGCGGCGGCGGCGGCGUGCGCCAGGCGGCUCGAUGAGUGUCCAAAGUAGCAGCGGAAGUUUGGAGGCGACGCCAUCUUGGUCGCCGACGAUUUCGCAACAUUUGACGGCUACCGCCAAGCUCAACGAAGGCCCCAUGGAGGAGCUGCACAGCUUGGACCCCCGGAGGCAAGAGCUUCUGGAGGCCAGGUUCACAGGAGCCGUCAGCGGCAGCACGGGAGGCAGCACGGGGAGCGCCAGCGGCGGUGCCAAGGGUCUCGCCAACGAGUCUUCCAACCACAGCUACGGAAGUCUUGGCUCAUCCAGCGACAAGGAGUCUGAGACCCCGGAGAAGAAGCACUCCGAAUCAUCCAGGGGGAGGAAAAGGAAGGCUGACGCCUAUUCGGAGAGCAGUCAAGGGAAGUCUGCUACACGCGGACCCAAGAUCAGCGACUACUUCGAUUUCCAGGGUGGAAAUGGCUCCAGUCCAGUUCGAGGCCUGCCAUCAGCUCGCCGCUCUCCACAGAGCUCCCACUCGGCGCCUGGCUCAAUUAUCCGCCAGAACAGCUCCUCCCCCACCAGUUUAUGUUUUGGGGAACACAAUCCCAGAUCCAAUAAAUUUGUCCAGACGGAGUUAACAGGACUGAAAAUUGUUGCUCUUGAGAGCAACAAGAGUCUUGACCUGGAGAAGAAAGAGGGACGAAUUGAUGAUCUUCUCAGGGCCAACUGUGACUUGCGGCGGCAGAUCGAUGAACAACAAAAACUCCUGGAGAAAUACAAGGAGAGGCUCAACAAGUGUAUCACGAUGAGCAAGAAGCUUCUCAUCGAGAAGUUGCUGUCAAGCUCAUCAUUUGGACAGAGCACCCAGGAGAAGCAGUCAUGCCGCGAGAAGAGCAUGCAGGACCGCCUCCGUCUCGGCCACUUCACCACCGUCAGACACGGAGCGUCCUACACAGAGCAGUGGACUGACGGAUACGCGUUCCAAAACUUGAUCAAGCAACAAGAAGGCAUCAACCAGCAGAGAGAGGAUAUCGAGCGACAGCGAAAGCUGCUCGCCAAGAGGAAGCCUCCGAACCCGGCGUCCCCCUCCCUCUCCGUGGCCUCCACCUCUGAGCCCAAGCAGAGAAAGACCAAGGUGGUCAACGGCAACGAUUCCGACCCCUUCCUCAAGCCGUCGCUGCCCCAGCUAUUGACCCUUGCUGAGUACCACGAGCAGGAAGAGAUAUUUAAGCUUCGCCUUGGCCAUCUGAAGAAGGAGGAAGCCGAGAUCCAAGCGGAGCUGGAGCGCUUGGAGCGUGUGAGGAACCUUCACAUCAGAGAGCUGAAGAGGAUCAACAACGAGGACAGCUCAGCGUUCAAAGAGCAUCCCACUCUGAACGAACGCUACUUGGUGCUGCACUUGCUGGGCAGGGGCGGCUUCAGCGAAGUCUACAAGGCUUUUGACUUGUUCGAGCAGCGCUACGCAGCUGUGAAAAUCCACCAGCUCAACAAGAACUGGAGGGAGGAGAAGAAGGAGAACUACCACAAGCAUGCAUGCAGAGAGUACCGGAUACACAAACAGCUGGACCAUCCCAGAAUAGUCAAACUGUAUGACUAUUUCUCCCUGGAUACCGACACCUUCUGUACAGUUCUGGAGUUCUGCGAAGGCAACGACCUGGACUUCUACCUGAAGCAGAACAAGCUGAUGUCGGAGAAGGAGGCUCGCUCCAUCGUCAUGCAGAUUGUCAGCGCCCUGCGCUACCUCAAUGAGAUUAAGCCUCCCAUCAUUCACUAUGACCUCAAACCUGGUAACAUAUUAUUAGUGGACGGAACUGCAUGCGGAGAAAUCAAAAUCACAGACUUCGGCCUGUCGAAGAUCAUGGAUGAUGAUAAUUACGGCGUGGACGGGAUGGACCUCACAUCCCAGGGAGCCGGUACUUACUGGUAUCUCCCUCCAGAGUGUUUUGUGGUGGGGAAGGAGCCGCCCAAAAUUUCAAACAAGGUGGACGUGUGGUCUGUGGGAGUUAUCUUCUUCCAGUGCCUCUAUGGGCGCAAGCCGUUUGGUCACAACCAGUCUCAGCAGGACAUCCUGCAGGAAAACACCAUCCUCAAAGCCACGGAGGUCCAGUUCCCCGCAAAACCACAGGCCAGCACGGAGGCCAAGGCAUUUAUCCGGCGCUGCCUGGCGUACCGCAAGGAGGACCGCUUCGACGUGCACCAGCUGUGCUCCGACUCGUAUCUCCUCCCCCACAUGAGACGCUCCAACUCGUCCGGCUCGCUGCAGCCCGCCGCCGCCUCGUCGCUCGCCGCCUACUGAUUGGCUCUCGCUGGGAUCGACGGAAGCGUCUGGCCACUCGCAGGCAGAAUUAAACGGCAGUGGAUUUUCGUUUGCGGAUUUUUAACCAGAGCUCUUCCAGAAUGGAUCAAUAAGCAAAGGAGGUGAAUGAAAGGGAAAUCUUAGCAAGUAGAUGGGGAAGUCGCGGACCGUCGUGCGCCGGUUUUAACUACGAAAGAGGAAAAUCGACUACAAUCGAGGCGGAGGAACACAACGGGGCUUUAGUGCACGAUAGUCAUGAAGCCCUCGUGCGACUUUUGAACAGCUCGCAGACGGCGCGUCGCCGGCCGCGUGAAGCUACGUCAGAAAACCGCCCGGCGCCUCUGUGGAAGGGACUUGGACAAGUUUGUGUGCCCGAGAACACAAAGGAUGAUGCAUCUCAUUGUUGGAGGGGGGGGGGGAAAACAAAAUCCAGAUUUAAAAAAUAAUUUAAAUAAUAAUAAUCAUCUGUUGUUGAUUUGCAUUUCCCCUCCAGUUUGCGAUCUUGCCGCUGUCGCAGGUUUGUUGCGUUUCAACAGCAAGAGUUCUUAGUCCUCAUAUUAUCCAUCAUGGCUGUCUAGGAAAAGUCGUGCACCAGCCUGGGCUUAGCAGGACAGAACUGACGACCGGAUCUGCCGGCCGCUGGCAAAUACAUACGGAGGCUUUGCCCUUCCUCCCAGGGGCUGACGUUGCGGAAGCUCAUCUCGUUGCUGCUACGUGUGUUGCUCUUUGUUUGUAAUGCGCGAAUGGCUUUUGGCCUCGAUUCACUUGAAUCGUUGGACCGUGUGGAUUAUUGUUUCGCAGCCACGUAAAAGUCUGACGUUUUAAGGAGCAGGAGAGGAAAUGCUCUGAUUGAACAGAAAAGCAACUGCAAGCAAAGUCGCUGCGCCCUUUGGAAUUUUUCAAUUUCUGCAUAAAUUGGUCAUCAAAUGUAAUUGCAUUUUCAUCUAAACCACAAGAAUAAACAAACGGCCUGCUUAAACUAAUACUACACAAACAAUGAUAUGGUUUCAUAUUUUUUAUACAGCAUAACAAACAUUGACAGAACAGAGAGGGGAAAAGCAAGUGAACCCUUGGCUUUAAUAAGUGCUUGACCCUUGAGCAACAUAACCAAACGUUUCCUGUAGUUGCAGAUCAGCAUUUUGAACCGUUCCUCUUGACCAAACUGUCGCAGUUCCGCAAGAUCCCUGCAGGGAUGUCUGCUGUGAAUCGCUCUCUUGAGCUCAAGCCACAGCAUCUCAAUGGGGUUGAGGUCAGGACUUGGACUGGGCCACUUCUGAAGCCAUUCUCCUGUCGAUUUGCUUCUGUGAUUUGGAUCCUUGGAUCCUUUCAGCACCCCUCCUCUUUUGACCUGCAGCUUUUGGACAGAUGGCCUCCCGUUCUUCUGCACAAUAUCUUGAGGAUGAAACUUGUCAAUUCAUUUUUCCAUUGAUUUUUUUUUUUUUAGCAAGCUGUCCAGGCCCUGAGGAAGCGAAGCACGCCCAUACCAUGAUAGCCCCUCCCCCAUGCUGCACAGUUGGGAUCAGGUUUUGAUGUUGCACAAUUGCUGCCAAAGGGUCAUGGGUCAAGCAUUUAAUAAAUCCAAAGGUUCACUACUCUGUCCUGUGAAUAUUUUCAAUAAAAAUGAGAACAUUUCUUUUAUGUGGUAUUAGUUUAAGCAGACUUUAUUCUUGUGACCACAGACCAAAUUUGAUGACCAAUUUAUGCAGAAAGAAGAAAUUCUGGCGGUUUUACAUACUUUUUCUUCCCACUUUAGCUAUGAACGUCUUCAGAUAUUUUUGGGGAGUCGAUGCUCACGUGAUGAUGACGCCAUUCAUAUUUUUCAUUUGUUAACUCGCUGGGAGUGCAGCUGUUUGCCUUCAGCCUCCAAAUACAAGCUCGGUCUCCCCACCAAAGACAUUUGCUCCCGUCGCCCCAGCCCCUCGACCCCCUCAUGGAAUCAGACACCCAUUCAGACACCUUCACAGCCUCGCAGACAGUCGGAAAUUGUUGAAGUCUAGCAGCAAUUUACGUAACACCACUGCAGGGUUGCUACUCGCUAUCCGUCGUGUAACUUAAACACAUUUUGAAAAAAAUGUACAGAAUGAGGGAGUGCUUUAUCAAUACUGAAUUGUUGCUCGAGUUUGUUUCGUUCUGACUGUUGUGAGGCAGUGAAGGGGUCUGAGUGCGGUGUGGAAUGAAGGCUUGAGCGAAACACUAGUGCUAGUUACUUGGGUCUGACCGAUAAAUUGUCCGAUAUUACCCCUUUUUUUUGAAUUGGCAAAAAUCUGUUUUUGUUUUUUCAUCUAACACAUUACAAAGAUGAAGAAAAAAAACUAAUCAAUAUGACCCAAAAAAAUCGUUAGGGUUUUCCGAUUAUUCUCUGUUGUAAAGUGAAACAAAUAGAUGACAAAAGCUCGUCCUCGUUUCGUCGUCAAAGCAGACGCGACAGUAUUCCAUCCAUCCUUCCAUCCAUUAUCUGAGCCGCUUCUCCUCACGCGGGCGCGCUGGCGCCUAACCCGGCCGACUCUGGGCGAGAGGCGAGGUACACCCUGAACUGGUCGCCAGUUUUUGGUACGUUUGCCGAUAGAUUUGCAUGUUUUGCGAGUGGGCGUGCUACCAGUCAAAUAUCUCCACACACUUGAGGCACCGCUGCUCUGCGCAGGCCUGUCGCAUUCAGCCAUCAGUGUGGCAUCAGUUGUGUUGUUGACUUCGACUACUCCAAGCCGCAAAGGCCAGAAAGAGAGAGUUUUGUUAUUUAACAAAACCAAAAAACCAGUUUGACUGAAACAUCCCCAGAGUGAAAGUAACUCAUGCAAUCCGUGUCCUUUCACCCCCCACCCCUUUUUGGGAGGAAGCAGACACGCAACCCUCUUGUUCAGUUGCCAGCAUGACGUGCAAACCUCCUUUCAUGACGUUGAAUGCGUGUAGACGGACGUCAAGCGCAGCCGUUCGGACGCGACCUCGACCGGCGCUCGGCCGGACCGUUGGAAUGCAAUAACGAUUGCCGUCACCGUCGCGGUUGCUGCGGCCGCCCGCAAGUGUCGGUGACGAGCUGGCAAAACGUUUGAGAUUUCGAGUGACAUUCAGGCUUCCUUCGAAAGUAUGGAAUUGGAUUUCAUGAAUUUACAUGUCUGGAAAAGUAUGCAAAAUGUUGUAUGGAAAAAUAUUUAUCUUUCCAAGACUGUUAUGACAUCUCUAACCAAAAAAAUUG